UUGACAGAAGCGCUGAAUCCCCUCAUCACCAACAUCUCUGUUUUCAAACUAAUUUGUUCUUCCUAAACGCGGUGGAGGAGAUGACGGAGCUGCGGCACCGCGGUGGAGCUGCUGACCCUGACCUGCAGCAGUCUGAGGAUAAGGGUUCAGAGGCGGAGGACAGGAUGGAGAAAGAUGGUGGAGUUUCAGACAGCGAUUCCAAGCCCGACUCUGGGGGACCAGAAGUUCCCGCCCCCUCCGACGACACCCCUGAGGUGCUGAACAAAGCCCUGUCCGGCCUGUCGUCACGGUGGAAGAACUGGUGGGUGAGAGGAAUCCUCACCCUGGCCAUGAUCUCCUUCUUCUUCUUCAUCAUUUAUCUCGGCCCGAUGGUGCUGAUGAUGAUUGUCCUGUGUGUGCAGAUUAAGUGUUUCCACGAGAUCAUCACCAUCGGCUACAGUGUGUAUCACUCCUACGACCUGCCCUGGUUCAGAACGCUCAGCUGGUACUUCCUGUUAUGUGUGAACUACUUCUUCUAUGGUGAGACAGUGACGGAUUACUUCUUCACACUGGUACAGAGAGAGGAGCCGCUGAGGAUCCUCAGCAAAUACCAUCGCUUUAUCUCUUUCGCCCUCUAUCUUUCGGGCUUCUGCAUGUUUGUACUGAGCUUGGUGAAGAAGCACUACCGGCUGCAGUUCUACAUGUUCGGAUGGACACAUGUGACUCUUCUGAUCGUGGUCACACAAUCACACCUUAUCAUCCACAACCUGUUUGAAGGCAUGAUCUGGUUUAUCGUCCCCAUCUCCUGUGUGAUCUGUAACGACAUCAUGGCCUACAUGUUCGGGUUCUUCUUCGGCCGAACUCCUCUCAUCAAGCUCUCUCCUAAGAAGACGUGGGAAGGAUUUAUUGGGGGAUUUUUCGCCACCAUCGUGUUUGGAAUCCUGUUGUCGUAUGUGAUGGCAGGUUAUCGUUACUUCGUGUGUCCGGUGGAGUUUAAUAACGACUCAAACAGCUUCACGGUGUACUGCGAGCCCUCAGAGCUCUUCCAGCUGCAGGGCUACACACUGCCCUCUGUCCUGCAGUCCCUCACUGGCUGGACCACGGUGAAGCUUUAUCCGUUCCAGAUCCACAGCAUCGCUCUGUCCAGCUUCGCCUCCAUCAUGGGUCCGUUCGGAGGAUUCUUCGCCAGCGGGUUCAAGAGGGCCUUCAAGAUUAAGGACUUUGCCAACACCAUACCUGGUCAUGGAGGAAUUAUGGACCGCUUCGACUGUCAGUACCUCAUGGCCACCUUCGUCAACGUUUACAUCGCCAGCUUCAUCAGGGGUCCGAACCCGACCAAAGUGAUCCAACAGUUGCUCGCUCUGAGACCGGACCAGCAGCUCUACAUCUACAACUCUCUGAAGGCUCACCUCACUGAGAGAGGUCUACUCGGGGCGCUGGAGGAGGCGGCAGCCUAAAGCCUGCACCUGCACUCAAAACACACACCACAGAUCAGAAAGCAGGAGAGAGAGAGGGAGAGUCAGGGGGUCACGGGGUCGGCAUGAAGCAAGAGCCAUGUGGAGGUGGGACACGUGAAGAUCCGGAUCAGGAAAAAGGAUAAAAAAAAAAAACCUAAACUAAAGCUUUGGGUCAUUCCAUUUUCUGUGUGUGUGAGUGUGUGUGAGUGUGUGUGUGAGUCUAUGUGUGUGUGGGAGAGAGUGUGUGUUUGUGUGUCAUAGCAUUUAGUCAGUGUUUAUUAUUACUUUUGUGUUUUUUUGUUUCCAAGUGAUACAUAUAUACUGUAUGUUGUUUCUUUUAUACCAGAUAUUAAGGGUAAUAUUACACACACACACACAGUGACGCGUCCUACACACACAUUUCUCCUCUGUCGUGACUCGCACGUGUGAGUGUGAAAAGUCUAUCUAUUAUCUGUAUUAUGUGAAUAUUUUAGAGUAUAAGUCUAUAUUAUGUUCUAACGAUUAUCAUUUGAACGAGGUUGCAGAUGUUGUAUUUUAUUUUAUUCCUUUUUUUUUUUACCCCCCUGCUCUGCUCGCUGCACUGCUAAUCCCAUCUCACCUUUAGUUCUACACACCUGAUCACAUCCACAGGAAAAGACGCAGGUUUGUCCUUGUUGGGUUUGGGAUGUUUUUUUUGUUUGUUUUUUUCCCCUCUUGAUUAUGUUGAAAUGUGUUUUUUUUUUUU